AUGACGGAUAAGGUUGACUGGUUACAAAGCCAAAAUGGAGUAUGCAAAGUAGAUGUCUAUUCACCUGGAGAUCACCAGUCCACAGACUGGAGAAUGGAUGCAUCAACAGAUCCUGUCCGAGUGCUCAGCUGGCUCCGCAGAGACCUGGAGGAAAGCACAGCGGAGUUCCAGGACUCUAGGUUCAAGCCCGGAGAGUCACUGUUUGAUGAGGAAGUGGCCAACUUGGGAGACCAACGCAAAGGCUUCUGCAUCGACUAUUACAACACCACCACCAAGGGCAAUCCAGGGAGACUGCAUUUCGAGGUGACUCACACGGAAAACCCAGCCCAGGGCCCCAACGCCCAGCCAGGGAACACGAGCUCAGUAGACGAAGUUUCCUUCUACGCCAACCGCCUGACCAAUUUGGUCAUAGCCAUGGCCCGCAAGGAGAUCAAUGAGAAGAUCCAUGGCUCCGAGAACAAAUGCGUGCAUCAGUCAUUCUACAUGGGGGACGAGCCCGUGCCCCACAAAAGCCUGAGCACGGUGGCCUCAGAGCUGGUGAACGAGACCGUCUCGGAAUGUUCCAAAAAUAUGGCCGACAAGACUCCGGGCUCUGGAGACAGGGCCCUGGGGUCCCUGCAGAACCCCUCCAGUUUAAAAUACAAAAGCACCCUGAAGAUCAAGGAGAACAGCAAUGAGAACAAGGGCCCGAGUGACAAGCCCGGUUCCAGGAAGUCCUUCUUCUACAAGGAAGUGUUUGAGUCUCGGAACGCGGGAGAUGCCAGGGAGGGUGGGCGGACCUUACCCGGAGAAAGGAAGAUGUUCAGGAUGCAGGAAAGGCCUGAUGAUUUUUCCACCUCUGUCAGCCAAGGGAUCAUGACCUACGCCAACAGUGUGGUGUCGGACAUGAUGGUGUCCAUCAUGAAGACACUGAGGAUCCAGGUGAAGGACACGACCAUCGUCACCAUCCUUCUGAAGCAGGUGCUGAUCAAGCACGCCAAGGAGGUGGUCUCCGACCUCAUCGACUCGUUCAUGAGGAACAUGCAUAAUGUCACCGGCAGCCUCAUGACGGACACAGACUUCGUCUCAGCUGUGAAAAGAAGUCUCUUUUCUCAAGGAAGCCAGAAGGCCACAGAUAUCAUGGACGCCAUGCUGGGGAAGCUGUACAAUGUUAUGUUUGCCAAGAAAUGCCCCGAGAACGUCAGGCAAACGAAGGACAAGAGUUACUCCCUCAUCUCCAUGAAAACCAGGGGCGACCCCAGGAACCGCAACGUGAACUUUGCCAUGAAAUCCGAAGCGAAACUGAGAGAGAAUAUGUAUUCCACCUGCAAACCGGAGAAGGAGAAGACGUGCAUGGAGACGUUGGGCGAGCACUUUAUUAAGGAGGGGCUGACCAUGUGGCACAAACACCAGCAAAGAGACUGCAAGUCUCCCGGACUGGAGAACCCAGCUUGCGAUAAGCCGUGUUCGAACCCCCCGCCGGACAUGUGCUUCGAGCAGCAGGAGACGUGUGAGUUCAACGCCUGUCCGCAGCAGCCAGAGAACUUUGAGAACUUCAUGUGCGAUUCCAACUCUUGGGCCAAGGACCUGAUCGUUUCCGCCCUGCUUCUCAUUCAGUACCACCUGGCCCAGGGAGGGAAGAUGGAUGCGCAGAGCUUCCUGGAGGCCGCCAGCACCUCCAACUUUCCCACCAAGCCCCCCGGGACGCAUGACGAGUCCAGGCUCAAGUCUCCCCACAGGAUGUGUGACCAGGAACAGUCCGAAAAGAAGGAUCUGAUGAGCGUCAUCUUCAAUUUUAUCCGGAACCUACUCAGCGAGACCAUCUUCAAGAGUCGAUGUAAGUGUGAGCCCAAGGUACCGGAACCGCAGUGUAAGGACGAAGACUUCGACCCGUGUGACAGAUCCAUGACCUCUUCUCCACCCAAGUACUGUGAAGACGAGGAGACUGGUGGCACCUUCUCUGGGCUAACCAAGAUGGUUGCCAACCAGCUCGACGGCUCCAUGAACGGGCAGAUGGUGGAACACCUAAUGGACUCUGUGAUGAAGCUAUGUCUCAUUAUUGCCAAGUCCUGUGACUCCCCCCUGGCAGAGCUGGGAGAUGAGAAAUCGGGGGAUGCCAGCAGGCCGAAUUCGGCCUUCCCGGAUAAUUUAUAUGAGUGCUUACCCGUCAAGGGGACUGGGACAGCAGAAGCUCUGCUGCAGACUGCCUAUCAGUCCAUCCACAAUGAGCUGAGAGGGUUGUCAGGACAUCCCCCCGAGGGCUGCGAGGUGCCCAAGGUGAUCGUCAGCAACCACAACUUCACUGACACCGUGCAGAACAAGCAGCUCCAAGCCGUCCUGCAGUGGGUGGCCGCCUCGGAGCUCAACGUCCCGAUUUUGUACUUUGCUGGCGAUGAUGAAGGGAUCCAGGAGAAGCUGCUGCAGCUGUCGGCCAGCGCCGUGGAGAAGGGCCGCAGCGUCGGGGAGGUGCUGCAGUCGGUCCUGCAGUACGAGAAGGAGCGGCAGCUGGACGAGGCGGUGGGCAACGUCACGCGGCUGCAGCUGCUGGACUGGCUGAUGGUGAACCUGUGA